AUGGCUCUCGACACUCUCAACUCUCCGACCUCCACCACCGCCGCUCCUCCGCCUUUCCUAACCGAGCCGGAGAAUUUCGAGUCAUGGACCAAAAGAAAACGCACAAAACGAAACCGGACAGAUCAUCAUCAAUCAAACCCUCCUUCCGAAGAAGAGUAUCUCGCUCUCUGCCUCCUCAUGCUCGCUCGUGGCUCCUCCUCGGAUGAUGAUGAUCACUCUCCUCCUCCUCCUCCUCCUCCACAAUACGAUCAUCACCACCGAGACUACAAGUGCUCCGUCUGUGGCAAAUCGUUCCCGUCGUACCAAGCGUUAGGUGGACACAAAACCAGUCACCGGAAACCGGUUAGUAAUAAUAAUAACGGCGACGGUAAUAAUACCAUCAGUAACGGUUCCGUUAUUAAUAACGGAAAUAUUAGUAACGGUUUAGUUGGUCAAAGUGGGAAGACUCAUAAGUGCUCAAUCUGUUUUAAGUCGUUUCCUUCUGGUCAAGCAUUGGGCGGUCACAAACGGUGUCAUUACGACGGUGGUAACAGUAACGGUAACGGCAAUGGUAACAGUAACGGCAACGGUAGCAAUAAUCACGGGUUUGACCUGAACUUACCGGCUGAUCAAGUAAUUUUUAGCGACGACACACUUGGAAAAAGUCAACUCUCCGGUGAAGAAACAAAGUCGGCGUUGUGA